UGGUCACUAAGAGUCGACACCGACUUGAAGGCACUUAACCAACCAACCAACCACAAGACCGGCUCUUCUCCCCAGACCCAAGUCUAGGUGGUGGCUGUCAUGCCUAGUAGGACUGCAUUCUCCUUUGUGUCUGCUGGGUGCAAAGGAGACAAAAAAGGAGGGUUUUCCAGUGACCUGGUCAGUGGAGGAAUUAACGAAGUAUCUGCCAACAUUCCUGAGUCUUUGCUGCCCUCUUGUGGGCAAGUAUUUGCAGAGCUCUGGCACCAUGAAUGAACAUCUGAAGCUGCCUUCUACUCAAUUGGACCAGCUGGGUCAGUCGCCCUGAGGUCUGCUCCAGCAUAUCAACCCCUGCCGCUUUCCCCAUUACAUCGUGACCGAAAAAUGUGCCUGUUGGAUUUCUGUCCCCCAGACAGCUAUUGAAAAGACAGGCGCCUUCCUAGAAAGAUUACUGUGAUGAUGCAUUGGUGCUACUGUGAAGUGGUGAUAGGAUUUGCCAGCAGGGUUUAGUUUUCCUUCCCCCUUGACAGAGUUUCUGCCUGUGCCUUUAAUAGCAUGUGCGACAGGCAGAAAUGAAACAGGUGCAGUUUACUCCGGAACAGCAUCCCGACAAAGCGGCGCCAGAUAAUCAUGCUGCCCAGCACACCCUUAUUAAAGGCACGAGGGCGAGAAUGGGGCAGCUUAUGUUUUCUAUGUGAUUUUGAAAAACGUACAGCCCGCCUCCCUUUAAUUCGAAGCCUUCCAGCCCCCCUAAAUGAAUUUCAUUGGUUCCUUCCCUCCCCCCCUUUUCCUAAUGGUAAAGUCCUUAGAGCGCGAAGGAUAUAUCAGUGGAGGCUCCCAUGAGAGGUGUAGGGGGGGCGCCGAUAACAAUCCCGAACUCUUUCUCUCUCCCUCCCUCCCUGCCUCCCUCCCUCUGAGAAAGUCCGAUGCCCGAGCUCGACUCCCUCCCGCCCUCUUCCCACGUGACCGGCUCCAACGGACUCUCUGCAGAAAAAAACUGCCGCUUUUUUGAAUGUGAGGCACGAGGAGCGAGGUGGAUUGCGCCUGCGCCUCGGGGCCUGUGGCCCGCCCCUCUCCGGGCACGUGCCCUGCUGAACCGUUGUCGUCGGGCCUCUUUGGCGCCCCCUUUUGGCGCCUUUUUUGGUGGCUGUUUGGAACUGAGCGGGAAAGCUUGGCAAAUUGGGGAGGGGGGCGCACAGGAUUUAGGGGGGAGGCAGGAGGAGGGGCUUAGCCUGGCAGCAUGAGGGAUAGGCUUAAAUCACCUUGAAACUGGGGCAGGGAGCGGGGUUUCCCCUGGAAAUACAUAAACUGACAGAGGAUAACAUUUAACCCAAAGGGGCUGUUUAAAUCUCCCAAAGUAUAUGGGCUGUUUUGACCCCUUCCACUCAUACAAGGGGGAAAGAGCUUCCCCCCACACUGGACAAGGGGGGAGUGGAACUUCCUCAAGCUCUCUGAGAAGGAGACCACUGAUAAAAAGUGGACUUUAGAUAUUGUAGUAGCAGUAGCAGUAGCAGACGGGGUGAGGAAAAGGGGGUGCUUCUGAGGGCUCCUCUCACACUCAAGUCCCUAAUAAGGAAAGAGACUUCGCUUUCAUAAAGGAUUUUCUGAUCCCAUCCCAAAAAGGAAGGCGGCCUUUAUACCUUGGCAAGGGCUAGGUUGGUGACAUUCCUUGGAUAAAACAGAAUCCUAGUAAGAAGUGCUUUGAUGCAUUCAAGGCAGAGAGGUGGUGACUCAUUUAUUACUAUAGGGCCUGGCUUCCAGGACAAGAGGGCAAAUAUAGAGGUUGAAGGGGGAAUGGGGGGAUGAUACCCCCUCACAAAAGGAAGUUAAUUCAGAUUUUCUGAGGAGGAGUGACUUUGGGUCCCUCCUAAGUGGGGCGCAUUGAAGAACUUUGAUCAGGAGUGCUGCUUACAUUCCUUAAUUACAAGAGGCACUUUGACCCCUAAUAACAAAAGAGAUACACUGAAGCAGUGCAGGAGAAAAUUAACCCCACUCCUGCCAGAAGAGUGAGCUUGAUGACUCCCUAAAAAGAAAGCAGGGAUAACUGGACUACCAGAAAAGCCGGGGCUAAUUUGGCUGCAAAAAAAGUGUUCAAAAGAAGGCAUAACCCUGAAUAACAUCCUAGCCUGUCUAGGAACAGCAGAGUUUCAUCAUGCCCAAGGAGGCCAUCUUUCUGGUGCUCGGGUUACAGCUGGCCACCAUGCUUCUGGCAACAGGGCACAUGAUCCUGAUCCGCACACUCGUAAACCGGCGGGAGGCCCGGCUCUUCCUGAUGGAGAUGACUGCCACUUUCCAACUGUGCACCUGCAAUGGCUUCUUGCUCCUUCUGAUGGACAUACAUCCCCAAAACCAGUUAAUUAUUACCUACAUUUAUGUGCUCACCACUGUGCAUUACAUCCUGACUUUGAAUGAGAACAUCAGCAAUCCUGCCUGCACCUUCCUAUAUAUCCUGCGGAAGGGCAUCUCAGUGAGGCUGGGCAGUCUGAAGAUAGUGGCUCAGUUUGUCGGGGCCGCUAUAGCUAGACUUUACUUCAAUGGGAUCUACUCACUGGGAAUCAGCUAUCAGUUCUCUGAACCCAAAUGCAAUCCUCACCAAGCAGAUUUCUUUAAAGCCUUUUGCAUCGAGCUUGUGACCUCCACCAUGUUCCAGCUGGCCAUGCUGACAUCAGAACAGCAACAGCUCUCUUUCAGAGCCAACAGGCUUGCUUUCGUCAUCACCUCCGUGGUGUAUACAGCUUUCAGAGGGUACAUCUUCCAGCUGUGCCAGUGAAGUGAUUCAAAAGAAGACUGCAGAAAGUCGAACAGACUCAAAAGCAUGGGACAUUUUUAGAUAAAAAAGACAAUAGAUAACACAAAAAUUAGUGGUGUGGAAUAAUGAGUGUCCCAACACCCAACAUUCUGCCACCGCACUGCCUUUUCUAGUUACAUGUUUGUUUGUAGUUGGACCCUACACUUAGCCACAGGGUUACAAAAACCAGUAGUUUUGUUCAUUCAGUAAUUGUAAGCACAGCUAUAAGAAGCUUAAACCACAAACUCCUUCACCACAAAUAAUAUGGCACAAAUGCCACAGAAGGCAUUCUGCAAUGGCACAUUCUGCACAGUGUAGGCUGACUAAAGAAGGGUUUGCAAACAGCCUUCUGUGUCCCAGCGAAGCAGUGAUGUAGUCUUUUUGCACAGCCAAGUGGGUGUGGAGGGGAGUACUUUUGCGUAGCCCUCAUGGACAUAUUUUUCAAAGCAGAAAGGUAUUUUGCAGUGAGGAAAGAAGCGAAAAAUGCUCCCUCCCCCAGUGCCCACUGGGCUGUGCAAAAAGCCUUCGCUGUUGAGAUGCUGAAGACUUUGCAAACAUGCACCCCUUCUCCUAUUGACCUGAUGCUUUACAGAAUGCAGGCAAAUGAUUUCUGCACCAAAUCUGUGAACAAUAAACGAUGGGGUAUCUGCCUCUGAAGAAUAUGCAAACCAUUUGUGCCACAUGGAUGGGAUGGUAUAUAAAUGUAAUAAGUAAAUAAUAAUAAAUAAAUGGACAACAUUAUAAACAGGACCAUGUACACCACUCUGGGUGCCUUGGAUGAACAGUAAGUCUUUUUGGUUGUGGCCCCUAGGCUCUGGAAUGCCCUCCCAGAAGAGCUUCACCAUGCUCCCUCACUUAGGGUUUUUAAAAAUGUUCUUAAAACCCACUUGUUCAGAAAGGCUUUUUAAUGUGUUUUAUUACAGCUCAGUUGGUUCUUAAUUUAAAUUUAAUUUAUGUAUUUAUUGCAUUUUUAUACCACUCCAUCCAAAGGCUCUGGGCACUCUGUUUUAAUUGUUUUAUUUAUUUAUUUAUUUAUUUGAUUUGAUUUGAUUUGAUUUGAUUUGAUUUCUAUACCACCCAUUCCCAAAAAUGGCUCAGGGCGGUUUACACAGAGAAACAACAAAUAAAUAAGAUGGAUCCCUGUCCCCAAAGGGCUCACAAUCUAAAAAGAAACACAAGAUAGACACCAACAACAGUCACUGGAGCUAUUGUGCUGGGGCUGGAUAGGGCCAGUUACUCUCCCCCUGCUCAAUAAAGAGAAUCACCACGUUAAAAGGUGCCUCUUUGCCAAGUUAGCAGGGUUUGCCAAGUUAGCGGGGUUAACAUUGUGUUUUAUUUCUUCUAUGGCAUUAAAUUUUAUAUUACUUUUAUUGCUUUAUUGUUGUGAGCUGCCCUGAGCAGUAUUGUACUGGAGGGACAGAAUAUAAAUAUUUAUUAUGAUUACUCCUUAUUCACACAGUCAGACAGAUGUUAUUGACUGGUUUGUUUUAUCCAGACAUCGAGUCCUUCCCAAGGACCUGGGAUGCCUGAAUUUUAUUGUCAGUAUUGUUGUUGUUGUUAUAAAUAUCGUCGCAAAGUUCUAGCUGGCUGGUUGCCAGCCCCCCAGACUGUUGAAGAGUUCCACCUGCGGCUUGUGCCAGGCCUUUUUCAUAUAUGUGUUUGGGCUCUCUUGAGGGGGAUGGUGCUGGGAGUGUACCCAGUGUUUCUGGGGCAGCUAUUACUGUUGUGGUGGGGAAUAGAAGAAUUGGCGCUGGCAGAGCAGCUGGCCGUUACAGGGGAAGGGAAAUCAGUAAUUUAGUUCCAACUGUUCUGUCAACUCUCAGGCCUCGGGGAGCAGCCCCAAUGACCCACAGAGUCUGGCCUUGCUCCUCUGUAAUGCCAGGUCAGUUCAGAAUAAGACCGAAAUUGUCAAUGAUCUGAUCGUGGAUGAGGGAGCUGACCUGGCAUAUAUAACAGACCUGGAUGGGGGAGGCGAGUGGUCCAGUGUGGGCUCAGCUUCUCCCACCAGGUUAUUCUGUCGUGGAGCAGGCUAGAGGAUGUGGGCGGGGUGGUGGUGGUGUGGCUGUGGUCCAUAAGAAUACCAUUUCCCUUACCAGGGCCCCUGUGAGACAGCUGACUUAUAUCGAGUGCAUAUUUUUGUGGCUGGGAACGAGGGAUAGAUUGGGGAUUCUGUUGGUGUACCGUCCACCCCGCUGCCCAACCGACUCCCUAACUGAGCGGAGCUGGUCACGGAGUUGGUGUUGGAGUCUCCUAGACUUUUAGUGCUGUGGGACUUCAAUAUCCACUUUGGGACUGGCUUGUCUGGUCAUAGCUCAGAAGUUCAUAGAGGCCAUGACAACAAUGGGCCUAUCCCAAUUGGUUUCUGAUCCAACUCACGUUGCUGGCCACACACUUGAUUUGGUCUUUUGUUUGGAUCAGGGGAGUGUUCCGUGGGUGGGGGAUCCUGUCGUCUCCCCAUUGUCAUGGACGGACCACUACCUGGUUAAGGUUGGUCUCACAGCUGCUGGACCCAGUGGGAUUUCAAAAGGCCUUGGAGGAUUUUGACGUUGGUGUGGCCAGUGAUUCUGUCGAUGCCCUGGUGGGAACCUGGAACAGGGAACUCAUCAGGGCAGUAGACAUUAUUGCUCCUAAGCGUCCCUUCCAAUCUGCUUCAGAAAUGGCCCCUUGGUAUACUCAAGAGUUGUGAGGGCUGAAGCGGUUGGGUAGGCAACUAGAGCGCAAGUAGAAGAGAACUCGGUUCGAAUCUGACAGGAUACAGCAUGUGACCCAUUUGAAGAGUUAUGCGGUCGUGGUGCGUGCGGCAAAAAAGAGCUUUUGGUCUGCAUGCAUUGCGGCUGCAGGUUCGCGCUCAGCGGAGCUAUCCCGGGUUGUGAGGGGUUUGAUUUCUGCUCCUUCUACUUCAAAUCAAUCCCUGGGGUCAUUCUGCUGUGAUGCCUUUAAUGAGAUUUUUGCAAACAAGAUCUCCUGUAUUCAGGCCGACAUGGACUCCACUGUUUUUGCAGGGUUUAUGGAGGAGGUGUCCAGCAAUCCCUCUUGCAGUAUUAGAUUGGAUCAGUUUCAGUCUGUGACUCCUGAGCAUGAGGACAAGCUACUUGGGGCAGUGAGGCCUACCACCUGUUCUCUGGAUCCUUGCCCGACUUGGCUGCUUCUAUCUAGCAGGGAGAUUGUUGGAGAUGGCCUAGUUAAUAUAAAAGCAUCACUGAGGGAGGGUAGGGUAGGGUACCCCCUUGUUUGAAGGAGGCAUUGAUUAGACCACUCCUAAAGAAGCCUUCUCAGGAUCCCUUAGUGAUGGACAGUUACAGGCCAAUCUCCAAUCUCCCUUGGUUGGGCAAGGUGAUUGAGAGGGUGGUGGCCGACCAGCUCCAGGCAGUCUUGGAGGAAACUGAUUAUCUAGAUCCAUUUCAAACUGGCUUUAGGGCUGGCUAUGGGGUUGAGACAGCCUUGGUUGGCCUGAUGGAUGACCUUUACCGGGGAAUCGACGGAGGGAGUGUGACUCUGCUGGUUCUUCUGGAUCUCUUGGUGGCAUUCGAUAUCAUCAACCAUGGUAUCCUUCUGGAUUGCCUGGGGGAGUUGGGGAUAGGGGGCACUGCUUUGCAGUGGUUCCGCUCCUAUCUCCCGGGAAGAUUCCAGAUGGUGGAGCUUGGUGACAAUUGCUCUUCAAAAUGGGAGCUGCUAUAUGGAGUCCCCCCAGGGCUCCAUUCUGUCACCAACGCUUUUUAAUAUCUACAUGAAACUGCUGGGUGAGGUCAUUAGGAGAUUUGGUGCUGGGUGUUAUCAGUAUGCUGAUGACACCCAAAUCUACUUCUCCUUUUCAUCUUCAGGAUGCUUUCCCUCCCCACUGGCUCAGCGGUGGCCACCAUUGUCUCUCUCCGCACCCGUGGCUAUGUGGCAGCUGCUUGUGAACUCUUGUGAGAGCUGCCACACAUGGGAUUAGCCAUGGGUACGUCUUAGAGAAAUAAAUAUAUAGAUGGUUUGAAAAAGCAAAUGCAAACACCUGCCUAAGUUAUAUAUUAGUACAUUAAUUUGUACUUUAGGAUGCUUGUACUUGCUGUAGAGCAGAAUUGAAAUGUGUAUGCUGCUUAUAAUGCUAGAGCUGUUUAAGUCUGUUUUGGCUGAUUUUACUCUGAUUCUUGCAGUUUACUUUUUGUAUGUUGAAGGCUUUUGAGUGGAAAGGUGAGGUAUAUAGUUUUGAAAUAACUAAAUAUAUAUUUAUAUAGUAUAAUGGGUUGACAAUCAAUUAAAUAGGAGCCCCUGGUGGCGCAGUGGUAAAACUGCUGCCCUGUAACCAGAAGGUUAAAAGUUCGAUCCUGACCAGGGGCUCAAGGUUGACUCAGCCUUCCAUCCUUCCAAGGUCGGUAAAAUGAGUACCCAGAAUGUUGGGGGCAAUAUGCUAAAAUCAUUGUAAACCGCUUAGAGAGCUCCGGCUAUAAAGCGGUAUAUAAAUGUAAGUGCUAUUGCUAUUGCUAAAUGCAUAUAAAAGUUUAUAAAAGAAUGUGCCAGCAGGCAUAAUCAUCAUUCUCUCUCUUUUCUCAGUGUGUGUGUGUGUGUGGGGGGGUGUGUUUGUGUGAAUGCCUUUUCUAAGAUGGUCCUUGCCAUGUGCAGUUUUUACAAGUAUUGCAAGUUUGCAUUUUUAAAAUCUGCCGCUAAUUAGCCAGAGAUGUUUAGUCAACUAAAUUUUAAUCAAUCUUACUAAUUCACUGCCUGACACUGCAGCUCUAUUUAAGGGAAGUCCUGGUCUUCUCAGGCAGCACCACUUACAUUAAGUUAUUUAAUAUCUGCAUGAAGGGGAAGAUGACCAAAGUUUGACAGAAAUGUCUAGAGUUUUGCUUCUUCUGAAAUAAGCGACAUCCUGUCUUGUUUAAAGGGUCGUACUGGAAGGGAAUAAGGGCAAUGUCUGAGCACGAGAGACGGAUUUUGGCGAGUUCUUGCCCGGGACGCGUGGGAUGGGGGCGAGAGAUCCCCGGCGGCGGCGGCGGCGGUUUCCCCCCUAGCCUUUGCCACACUUUUCUGUGGUCGCCUAUGCUGAACCCGCAGGCCCACCACCACGUCCCGGGCCGUGCCUGAAGGUGCGCAUCCCGGUGGCGGGAGGCGCCACGGCGCAAAUGCCCCUCUCGCGCGCGGUUCCUUCCAGGGCCUGAGCGGGAGGAGGAGCCCCCCCCCGUGAUCUCUCCUUCCCCAAACGGGCAAGACCCGCCAGCAUGCCGGCCUCGGCCCGCUCCGCCUGGCGCAGCCUUCUUCAAGCGUGGCGCGGCAGCCCGGCAAGCCUCCCGCUUGCGUGCUGCGCCGUCGCCUUUCCAGGGUCACACAGCCGCGCUGAUGGCGGGCGGCUGCGGCGACCCUUCCAGCCCGGCUCCGGAGGCAGCGUGGCGGCGGCCCUCGCCGCAACUGGGGCGGCCCGGAGGAGGCUUACGGGGAAAAGGCAGCCUCCUGGCGACGAACUGGGCGGCCCCAGGCUUGGCUUUCCAGCGUGCUAGAGAGCCGCGCGGGGUGUAUGCAGCCAGAUUCGCCCCCCAGGAGGGGACAGGCGCCACGGGGCGGUGGAAGGAGGUUGCUGGGUUGGCCUCGCCUCGGAGGGGCAGGAGGAAGGGGUCAUCGGCUGGGGCAGCUGCUUGAUGAGCCGGGCUGGCUUCGGAGGAGGCGGGGUCUGCCCUGGUGCCUUCUCCGCCCGGGCGGGGAGCACCUGUGACUUCCAGGGGGAAGAAGCGGCGGCGCGUCGUCCCCGACUGCGGCAGCCCUCUGCAACUGAGCGUGACCCCCUGUGGAAGAGGCUGCCAGCCCAGCUCCUCGCUCGCAGUCUGUGUGGGGCGACUCGGCAGAGGCAGCGAGCGGAUCCGAGCCCCCCUCGGCACUGUGGCGAGGCCACGGAACAGCCCGAAAGGGAGCCGAAUGGGAAGGAAGGAAGGAUCCGCAGGAGUCCAGAGACCUCUUCCCAGGGCUAGGUGAGGGCCGGAGGAGCGCUGCUGCUGCUGCUGCUGCUGCUGCCAGUUUCCGGAUGAGCCUGGGCAGAUGGCUGGGGGAGUGAAGUCCCCUGAGAGCGCGGCGUGGACAGCGGCAGCAGGAGGAGGAGGGAGCUGUCAACCCCUCCGAAAACGUCGUCCACCUCCAGAGGGAGUCGAGAGACUUUCAACUAGUGUGUGAAGGAAGCUGAGGAGGACAGAGUGCUGAGACCAUCCCUGGCGGGCUGGAGCUGGAAGAGGGGAAAGUGACACACUCCUUUAACUUCUGCUGCUGGAAUCCCACUUUUGCCAUGGCUGUCGGCGAAGCCUGCAUCUCGCUGCUUGUGAUGGCAGGUACGAUUGUGGCCACAGCUUACUGCAGGCGACUGGCCCAGCAGUUUGCCCCCUGCCAGUCUCACUCCCAUAUCCAGUGCUUCUUCCUAGAGUUAACUGGUGCCUUCCAGAUCUGUGCCUGCACCCACGAGCUUCUGCUGCUGGUUGAAUUGCCCCCCCAACCUUAUAUGGCACUUUCCCUCACUUACAUUUUCACUGUGCUUCAUGGCUUGACAUUACCUGACAGUGUCAACAAUCCCUCCAGCAGCUUUCAGCAGCUUUCCAUGGGUAGGAUCAUGGUCAAGACCUGGUGGCUACAGACUUUGGCUCAGUUCACUGGUGCAGUACUGGCUAAUGUAUACACUAAAUUCAUCUGGAACCUGGGGGUCACGCUGGUGCAUUCAAGCGCAUUGGCAGAGACUUGCAGAAGCCCAAUCCAAACCACCAUAGCAAACGCUUUUAUCCUAGAACUCCUCUUUUCCUUCUUGUUCCAUCUGACCCUCCUGCAGUUUGAAUCCAUGAAUUACAAGACAAAAGUUCACAUUGCAGCUCUGCUGAUCACCACAUUGGUAUAUGAAGGUGGACAUGUCACAGGAGCAAUAUUUAACCCAGCACUGGCUUUUUCCUUGCAUAUGAGUUGUUUCCUUGACGCAUUCUGGAAUUACAUGCUGGUGUACUGGGUCGCACCCUGCCUAGGGUCUGCAUUGGUGGUUGUACUGUGGGAUGAAGUACUUCCCCUGCUACGGAGACAACAUUUGCUAGGCUGAAAAACCAUGUUCUGGAGAGCUUCUUGGAAAAACUAAUGCAGACAGAAGACAUUAGGUUUACUCAGGCAACCUUCAGAUAUUUGGACUGACUUUGCAAUACAGUACUUGCUUGUGCCCAUAAGAACUAGAACUGAUUUUCCCAGUUGAGCUGUAUAGUUCUGAUCUCUCAAAUUGUAAGACUCUUAACUUUAAAUUCUACAUCUCACUUGUUACAUCCUCCAAAUCAAUAUAAGUUUUAAAAGAGUGAA